UCUUUUCAUUUCCUCCAUCACCUAUCUAACACUCUUCUUCUCCCAACCAACACCUAGAAGUUAGAACUUGAGAAAUAGAGACAAUCCUAUAAUUUGACAAGCUAGAGAGAAUAACAGAGCAAAGGGCAUAGAAAAUGGCUUCUGUUUCAAUGGCUAUGCCAUUAACUUGUGCAUCCCACAAGAGGCUACAACAACAGCCAAGCUCUGAAGCCUUUUUUAGGCCCCUCUCAGUGAGGCCAUCAAAGAAGUCCGUGGCUGUGAAUUUCAAGGCCAGGGCUCGGUUUGAAGUCAAAGCCCCUCUGAAGGAAAAGGCCAUCACAGGGCUAAUAGCAGCUGCAUUGACAGCUUCCAUGGUGAUACCUGAGGUGGCUGAGGCAGCUGGGCCUGGUGUCACUCCCUCUCUCGAGAACUUCUUGCUCAGCAUUGCUGCUGGUGGGGUUGUGCUUACUGUCAUUGCUGGGGUUGUUGUCGGAGUUGCCAACUUCGACCCGGUCAAGAGGAGCUGAGCAAAAAGAAUCUGAGAAUGUUAUGUGAAUUUUCUUCUAAUCUGUCUCCCUCUUCAUAUUUCAUUGCUUUCUGUAGUUUAUGUUGUAUGCAACUUUCUUAGCUAUAUAUUAAUAUAUAUUGAUCUGAAAAUUUUGAUUUCGGAAA